UAUGAUACUUAUCGAUCAACAUUAACCGCUUAUCCAGACACUUUACUCGGUGCCAUGUUUGCGGAUCGUAAUAAAGCAACUCUUCAUCCAACGAAUGGAAAUGAAUAUUUUAUCGAUCGUAAUGGUCGAGCUUUUCAUUACGUUCUUGAAUUCUAUCGCACAGGUAAAAAUCUAUGGCUUGAUCACACUGCAGCCACCACAUUUCCAAAUUCGUCCAAACAUCCACAACAAGACUGGACAUUACCAGUAUCACGUAAAGAACUCGAAGAAGAAUUUAAUUAUUUCUUGAUUCCGGGACAAUCUAUCGGAGCUUCAUUGACGCACAAAGUUGCCGCAGUUAAAUUGGAUGAAUUUGUGAUGGCCUUAAAAGAAGUUAUAUCGACAGUUGUCUCUUGUUAUGGAUAUGAAGUCACAAUAAGCUUCACAAUGGAAGAUGACGAAAUGGAAGUCACUACAGAUACUGAUAAAACUCCGCAUGCUUUCUAUAAUAUCCCUGGUCGAAUUAGACAUUUCUCUAAGCCGAGUAUCGAUGGAAUUCUAAUGGGAAUAAUGAAGCCAUUCCAAUUGAGCGGUUAUCACAUUAUAUCAAUGUUUGGGAAAGACGUCGAAAGACAUAUUAAAAGUGAAAUGCCGGAAUUAAUUUUUGAAUUGUUCCCUGACCUGGGUUUCUAUUUCAUCUAUAUGAAUUUCAAAAAUUGUUAUGAUCAUGACGCUAUUUUGCGGAAUUCUUGUCUGUUGGGUAUUGAUCCGGCCGUUGAAGAGGAGGAGGAUGGUGUUACGGUGGGUGGUGGGAAAAAUGGCGGUGGUGGUUCUGAAUAG